AUGACAGAACUUUACACCAGCCUGACAUGCCACCUCAUGACUGUAGACUACGAACUAAGAAGGUACACGCUGGCAACGAGGCACAUAUUCGAGUCCUACACUGCAUUGAAUUUCUCAUCCAUGCUGCAAGAACUGUGUUCAGAAUGGCACAUCCCAUCUAGUGUGACAGCCUUCAUUGUAACAGAUAACGGCCGCAACAUGCGGGCAGCCGUCAGGCAGCUACCGUGGAAAGAGCGUGCGUGUCUCGCGCACACCCUGCAGCUCGCAAUUAAUGACGCACUCCCACAGGUACCUGGUCUGACUGAGCUUUGCAAAAAAGCGCCAGCAAUUGUAGGGCAUUACAAACAUAGCUCAGCAGCACAGAAGCGACUAGAUGAUUUACUCCUCAAGAUGAACAAGCCGACUUUGAAAGUACUCCAGAACGUGCCGACACGCUGGAACAGUCAAUUUGUGAUGUUUUCUCGUCUUCUACAGCUGAGGGAAGCAGUCUCCGUAGAGCUUGCAACUUCUAAUUCAUCAAUCGACUGCUUUACCAGCACGCAGUGGAGGUUGGUGUCAGACAUUGUUGACGUGUUGCAACCAUUUUAUGACGCUACAGUGGAAGUUAGUGCAGACAGAUACCCGACCUUAUCCAUCUUGACGCCAAUUGUGUUUGGCCUGAUGGAAUGCGUCUCACAGCUACAGCAUGAAUCUACACUGGCCAAAUGUCUCUUUAAAUGCAUGAGGGCACGAUUUGUAGGGUACGAACUUGACGAAGUUGCACACAUGGCAAUGUUUUUAGAUCCUCGUUUUCGGUGCACACUGUACAGUAGUGACAGCCAGAUGCAACUAUGGCUUGCUGACCAGGUGAUGAAAGAACUGCAGCCAUUUCAAGAAGAGUUCAGUCCCCAGAAGGAGGCUUCCUCAUCAACAGCUCCAACUUCAUCACUGAGCUUGUGGAAUGCAUUUGAAAGACUUAAGGAAAGUUCUGACCAAGGGCAAGCAAUGGCAUUGCCUGAAAGGGAAGUCGGCGAUUACACGAAGGGUGCCCUUCUCAAAAGGAGCGGGGACCCUUGCCGGUGGUGGCAGACUGUAGGGCGUUUUAAGUACCCCAUGCUGGAACGGGCUGCUUUGAAGUAUUUGGCCAUCCCAGUAACGUCUGUGCCAAGUGAGAGAGUGUUCUCAACCGCAGGAGAUAUAGUUAGUGCCAGAAGAGAACGUAUUCUCCCUCAAAAUGUUGAGCAGUUGCUUUUUCUUCAUGCUAACUUAUGA